AUGAUAGAGUCACAUGAAAGAGUAAAGAUGGCUGCAGUGACAGAAGAGCAGUUUGCAGCUCUGCAGAUCUUAUUGAAGGCUUCCUCAAAAGAUGUAGUUAGACAACUGUGCCAAGACUGCUUUUCUAGCUCAACAAGAGGCUCAAGCAAAUUGAUUGACAGCACCCGUUCCAAUCUGUCUGUGACAUCAGAGGAAGCAGCUCAACUGAUCUGCUCUUUGCACAACCUCACCAGGCACAUUGUGUAUCGGGGCUUGUCAUCUGCGGAAGAAAUUCUCUCGCUUUUCCCAGAGAACUUCCACCAGAGUCUAAAAAACCUCUUGACCAAGAUAAUUUUGGAAAAUGUCUCCGUGUGGAGGAGUGAAGCACAAUCAAGUCAGAUCUCCCUGCCUCGGCUGGUUGAUAUGGACUGGAGAGUGGACAUCAAGACGUCCUCGGACAGCAUCGGCAGAAUGGCAGUCCCCACCUGCCUGCUACAGUUGAAGAUUCAGGAAGAUGCUGCCUUGCGUGGGGAUAACCCUGUGAUCUCUGCAGUGACUGUGGAGCUGAAUAAAGAAACCCUAGACACUAUGUUAGAUGGUCUGGGAAGGAUCCGAGACCAACUCUCUGCAGUAGCAAACAAAUGAAUGCCUGGGAUGUGAAUGUCACCUGCCAUUUGUACCUGGAAAGGAACUCUCCUGUAUUACAAAAAGAGCUCUGAUAUCUUACAGA